UUCUUUACAAAUGUAGAAGUCUUUUAAGAUGCUAGUAGUAAACCGGUAUAGAUUAUGAUUUGGCGCGUUAUUCGAUCACCACCAAUGAAGUUGGCACGCGCGAUUUACCCAGAUUGCAUCUUGAAGUUGACCCCGAGUUCCCUAAGUCCAAGAUGGCUACUAUGACAGAUUCGUCGGGCUGUCAAUCGAGUUUGGGAUACGCCUAAAUUUUUCGAUCCUAGCAUCUACUUUUCUAAACAUUAUCUUACGAUGAUGCUCGUAAGUUUGCACGUUACUAUGAAGACUGUAGAAUGAUCGAUAGAUGAAUGAUUACCUCGGACAGGCAUCUCGUCCUAAUUAUACAUAUAAGAUUGCAAGACCUAAUAUAUUCAUGAAUUAUAAACUAUAAAUGAAAGAUGGAGGCGAUUGUAGAAUAUAAUUAUAUAGCUAGAGAACCUGACGAAUUAACUCUCAGAAAGGGAGAUAUAAUUAGAGAAAUAAAAGUGAUGUUGGGUGGUUGGUGGGAAGGUACUUUAAGAGAUAAGCGUGGCAUGUUUCCUGAUAAUUUUGUAAAGGUAUUGGAUCCAUCUCCGACAAGUGGAGCGAGCACAACUGAAGCUGUUAGUAGUACAAAACCAGAAGAAGUUACUUUGCGUAACGGGGGAUCUGGAAGGAGGUGGUGUAAAGUUCUAUACAGUUAUGAACCUUGUAACGAAGAUGAAUUAACUCUUGUACCUCAAGAUUCCAUAGAAUUCUUGGGUGAAGUAGAAGAAGGAUGGUGGAGAGGUAGACUUAGAGGGAGAGUUGGUGUCUUCCCUUCGAAUUUUGUUCAUCUAAGUUAUGAAGAAGAAGAUAAGCACAAGAAAGAUAAGAAAGAAUACUGUAGAGUUCUCUACGCAUACGAAGCAGCUAAUGAAGAUGAAUUAACAUUGGUUGAAGGAGAAAUAAUUGCGUUGCUAUCCAGAGAUGCACCGGAUAAAGGUUGGUGGAAAGGAGAAUUAAGAGGACAAAUAGGAUUAUUUCCUGAUAAUUUUGUUGAAGUUAUUGGGGUUAAGAAUGAUCAUCAAGAUCAAGAACAGUGGCACGAACCGGGUCAAUUGACUUCUAAAUCUGUUGCGAAACAUUCUCAUCAAUUAAAAAAAAGUGAGAAGGCACAUGCUAGGAAAAGUUUAGAUGCUAAAAAUUUACGUACAGAUCAUUUUAGUAACGUGGAGACUACUAAAAAAAUGAUAUCAUCAUCUUCUACAUCUUCGACUUUAGCUUUGUCUAAUGUUGGAGGAGGAGGAGGAAGUAGCGGAGGAGGAAGUGGAGAGAAGAAACCAAUAGGCAAUCCUUCACUUAUUUCUAAUUUGAAACAUUUUAUAAGUGAUACUGGAAGUAAUAAUGGCAAUGGAAAUCCAAGCAUAGCACUAGGAGAAGAAUUAGAUGGAGUGGAAAGAGGCGAAGGAGCACCACUUUCGCAUUUAACAGCUUCACGUGCAAAAGCACCCCGACGUCGUUUGCCUUCCUCUCAACAUUUACGACAUCAUACUACUGGAACUACAACAACAGCAACCACGAUACUUAAUACAACAAUAAACCCCACUAUGGACGAUAAUUUAUCGAACGGAAAUACUGAAGAAACAGACUCGUUAAGGGAAGAUGAAGGUGAGAAACUGUCAGCAAAAGCAAGAAAGAAGGCACCUUGGGUAGAAGAAUUAAAAAUGAAUCAAUUAGAAAGGAGAAAAGUUGGAUCGGAAAAAUUGGACCGUGUUGAUAAACCGGAAAUUAAAAAAGAAAGCACUUUCUCACGAUUAAUGAUAUCAUUUAGAAAUAUUGAUGCUGCUGUUAAACAAGAACCAGAGUGUGAAGAUAAACAAAAAGAAAAGGAAAGAAAGUCAGAUACAACGGAUCAUGGAACUGUAACAACACCUGGAACUUUGGCCUUUGUUCCGUACCAUCUUUAUAGUCAACUACUAGAAAGGGUUGCCAUGCUGGAAGAAAAACAGGCACUAUUGCAGCAAACGGUACAACAACUUUCAGAGCAGCUUGUACCAUUUAUGGCAAAUGCCUCAAUCAAUAACAAAGUUUGAAGCAUUUAAAUAUUUAAAAAUUAAUGCGUAUUUCCUGAAACGUAUUUUUAUAAUUAUAAUAUUUUGUUUUUAAUUUAUAAUAUUUUGUUAUUUGUCAUAAUAUUGCAAAUAACGAAGUACUAAUACUACUAAUAGCAUAAUUAUUACUAGUACUAUUAUCGUGGUUGUUAUAUAUUUAUUGAUUUUGGUGGUGUCAUUUUUUUCGUUUGCUCCACCAAUGCAGUAACAGUAUUUGCCUAUUUCUGGCUAUAAAUGCGACAUUCCGUAUAAGAUUUUUUAACCGUAAAUAAUCAUUGUUUUUUUUUUUCUUUGUAUAAUUUGAUAUUUCAUGUGAUCUCACAACAUCCGCCAGAUUGAUUUUUUUUUACCUUUUUGUUUUUAUUUUGUCGAUACUUUUUUUUCUUAUAAUUGUGAUGUUUUAAAUAUAUUAGUAACAUAUUUUUGCUAGCAGAAAAAAACUUUUAUUGUUAUAAAGAUAUACCAAAAAUUGUCUCGUUAUAGCAAUUGAAGUUUUAGCUAUCAAAGAAGAAAAAACUAAAGUACUUAAAACAGUCGUUUAAUUAAACACAAUGUGAUUUUUUGUCCAUCUAAUAGAUGCCUCGCAAUAUUCAUAUGAUAAUAAUAAUUCA